GGGUGCAUCGCGCUGCAGGCGGGCUGGCUGGCAGGCGGCGGGCCCGCAGUGGCCUGGCGCCUGGGCAGCGCGACCGGCGGAGGGCCAUGGCCUCCUCUCCGGGCCCCGCCGGCAUCGGUGGCGCCGGCGCAGUGCAAGGCUCGGGGUCGUCCGGCUUCGCCUUGGACUCAGGACUCGAGAUCAAAACGCGCUCGGUGGAGCAGACGCUGCUCCCGCUGGUUUCUCAGAUCACCACACUUAUUAAUCAUAAAGAUAAUACCAAAAAGUCUGAUAAAACUCUGCAAGCAAUUCAGCGUGUAGGACAAGCCGUCAACUUGGCAGUUGGAAGAUUUGUUAAAGUAGGGGAAGCGAUAGCCAAUGAAAACUGGGAUUUGAAAGAAGAAAUAAAUAUUGCCUGUAUUGAAGCGAAACAAGCAGGGGAAACAAUUGCAGCACUUACAGAUGUAAGCAGCUUGAAUCACCCAGAAUCUGAUGGCCAGAUCACCAUUUUUACAGACAAAACAGGAGUUAUAAAGGCGGCAAGAUUACUUCUUUCUUCAGUGACAAAAGUAUUGUUGCUGGCAGACCGAGUGGUCAUUAAGCAGAUAAUAACAUCGAGAAAUAAGGUUCUUGCAACUAUGGAAAGACUAGAGAAAGUGAAUAGCUUUCAAGAGUUUGUCCAAAUAUUCAGUCAAUUUGGAAAUGAAAUGGUGGAAUUUGCACAUCUAACUGGAGAUAGACAAAAUGAUUUGAAAGAUGAAAAGAAAAAAGCAAAAAUGGCAGCAGCUAGGGCAGUUCUUGAAAAGUGUACAAUGAUGCUUCUCACAGCUUCAAAGACAUGUCUUAGGCAUCCCAGCUGUGAAUCGGCCCAUAAAAACAAAGAAGGAGUGUUUGACCGAAUGAAAGUGGCAUUGGAUAAGGUCAUUGAAAUUGUGACUGACUGCAAACCCACUGUAGAGACUGACAUCUCAUCUAUCACUAUUUUUACUGGAAUUAAAGAAUUCAAGAUGAAUAUUGAAACUCUUCGGGAGAAUCUUUGUUUUGAGUCAAAAGAGAAUCUUUCGGCGACUUUGGAAGCCAUCUUGGAGCGUACAGAGGACUUCACGGAUUCUGCCUACACCAGCCAUGAGCACCGGGAACGCAUCUUGGAACUGUCAACUCAUGCGAGGAUGGAACUGCAGCAGCUAAUAUCGGUGUGGAGUCAAGCUCAAAACAAGAAAACAAAAAGCGUCACUGAAGAACUGGAACUCAGUAUAUUGAAAAUCAGUUACAGCCUCAAUGAACUUAAGAAAGAACUUCAUAGUACAGCAACUCAGCUGGCAGCAGAUCUGUUAAAAUACCACGCUGAUCAUGUGGUCCUAAAAGCAUUAAAACUUACUGGAGUAGAAGGGAAGUUAGAAGGUUUGGCUGAAUAUGCCUGUAAACUCUCGGAACAGAAAGAGCAGCUUGUUGAGACCUGUCGAUUGUUGCGACAUGUAUCUGGGACAGAACCUCUUGAAAUAACCUGUAUACACGCAGAGGAGACAUUUCAGGUGACUGGUCAACAGAUAAUUUCUGCUGCUGAAACAUUGACAUUGCAUCCAUCUAGUAAAAUUGCUAAAGAAAACCUAGAUGUAUUUUGUGAAGCUUGGGAAUCCCAAAUCAGUGACAUGUCAACAUUGCUGAAAGAAAUCAACGAUGUGUUUGAAGGAAGACGAGGAGAGAAGUAUGGCUACCUUUCACUUCCAAAGCCAAUGAAGAAUAAUGCAAACCUGAAAUCAUUAAAGCCAGAUAAACCUGACGCUGAGGAGAAAGCGAGGAUAGCAAAGCUUGGACUUAAGCUGGGUUUGCUCACCUCUGAUGCCAACUGUGAGAUCGACAAGUGGGAGAAUCAGGAGAAUGAGAUUGUUCGAUAUGGACGGAAAAUGUCCGGUGUGGCCUAUUCUCUGUAUUUAUUUACUAGGGGAGAGGGGCCACUGAAAACUUCCCAGGAUAUAAUUAAUCAACUAGAGGUUUUUGCUGAAGAGGGCUUGAAGCUUGCUUCAAGUGUACAAGCUUUCUCAAAACAGCUGAAAGAUGAUGACAAGCUUAUGCUACUCCUGGAAAUAAACAAGCUAAUUCCUCUAUGUCACCAGCUCCAGACAAUAACUAAGGCACCUUUGCAGAAUCAAGUGUUUCUAAAGGUUGAUAAGUGUAUUACAAAGACAAGAUCCAUGAUGGCUAUUUUGGUCCAGCUUCUCUCACUUUGCUUUAAGCUGCAGAAGAAGCUUCAGAUGGAAAACAACAGAUGGGUUGCAGUGACAGAUAAAAACUCCGUGGAUGGUAAAACUUGAGAAACUUUUGAGGUCAGAUCUCCAGAACACCAUGUGGCAAAGCUGAUAUUUUUAGAAAGCAAAUGAUCCUUUAUAUUUUCAGAAAGUAAUUUUAUAAAGAAAACAAUACUGAAAUCUUGCUUUAUUUUCUGAUCAUGAAACUGAUUGUGAAGCUUUUUGACAACUAAUAAAUGCCAUGGUAGUUGCUAGAA